CAUCAUCAUCAUCAACAACAACAACAACAACACUGCUGCUUCCGGUUCACCAUUUCGCGGAAGUCAUUACAGCAUCCAAGUUACAGGGAGAUAGUAGAGUUGUUCAUUUAGCUAGAUGUGUUCUUAUUUAUCGAUGAGUUGGGUGGAAGAGUUUACAUCUGAUUUACGGCUAGUUUGUGUUUAUGCUUAGUGUACUUUGUGAUUAAAGAGCCCCUCUCCAGCUGGAUUUCAGGAGUGUGCGAGUGUGUGUGAGUAUGAGCGGGGUGGAGGUGUUUCAUGAGAAGCAGAGGUUGGAGCUGUGUGCUAUUCACGCCCUGAACAACGUGCUGCAGGAGAGAGUGUUUACCAAGGAGGCUGCUGACGACAUCUGCAAGCGCCUUGCCCCACAGUGUGUGGUGAACCCACACCGCUCUGUGCUGGGUACGGGGAACUAUGACGUGAACGUGAUUAUGGCGGCUCUCCAGAGUCGUGAAUUGGCUGCAGUGUGGUGGGACAAACGUAGGUCAGUGCAGAAUUUGCGUCUGGAGAAGGUGCAAGGUUUUAUUUUGAAUGUCCCGUCGCGGGUGUCGCUGGGAAUCGUGUCCCUCCCACUGAGACGUCGGCACUGGCUAGCAGUUCGGCAGGUCAAUGGGCAGUACUACAACCUGGACUCUAAGCUUAAGGGUCCUGUUUGGAUCGGAGGAGAAACAGAACUCAGGCCAUUUCUCAGUGAGCAGUUGUCUCAGGAUGUUGCCGAGAUGCUUCUUGUAGUCCAAAGAGAAGUGGAGGAGGAUGGAUCAUGGCUUAUUUCGGAUGGCUGUGAGAACUGAAAUCUCAGGACAGGAAGCUCACUCAGGCUGUUCAUGCACAAUGCAAAAAGGUUUUUUUUUUUUUUU